AUGAUCGACCGGGUCAAACGCUGCAUCAAAACAGGCAUCAAGAUCACCACUUUGACGUACUCGUUCCUUUCACCGGCCGCUCAGGAGGCAAUUGCAACGUAUGCUUCGUACGUUAUCAGUAUUGACGACCUGACAACCGAGUUGUUGAAGGAGUUGGAAACGUACACCGCCACCUUGACCUUGGGCAGGAAACACCGACAUACGCUACUCCAAGGCUUGACGAAUCAUCUUGGUGAGCAGUGCCGUAUCUUUGGGCCGUUUGGCGGCGAUAUGAUCGUCAAGGGAACCAUAGAGUUCCUCUCCUCGGCGGUUAUCGAAGCUCGACAGACCGAGGGUCUGUUUCUGCCGAAAGACGCGGGGGAAUACCUCAAUUUCUUCAGGGCCAAAACUGGUGUUGCGGAACCGUUUGCGUUCUUCUGCUUUCCCGAGGACACCUACCCAGAGACCGCCUAUUUGGACACGUACCUCAAGGCAGUGCCCAGCAUUAUGCUCUUUUUGGGCUACGUCAACGACAUUCUCUCCUUCUACAAGGAAGAAGCAAGCCCCACAGACUCUGCCGGCUUCAUACACAGCCACUCCAAGCUUCACACUAUCAGCUUGGCCCAAUCAUUGCGCCAGAUCACGCGAGAAACCGUUCAAGUUGUGCAUCAAUUGAGAAAUAUUUGCUCAGCGGAUCAUCUUCUAUCGCAACACAUGGAUAAGUUUAUUCAGGGUUGA